UAGGUCAGUGGGCGUAACACUACUGUUUCUAGGUAAUGCUGUAACAGCAGCACCUAUGGCUACCAGUUUGCAUGAAUUCAAAGUGUAUUCUUGCUCUUGAAGUGCAGAAUCACUGACUGAACGUGAAACAAAAGAGGAACCUUGAGUUUGCUGUUAUAUGUGACAACUUUUCCUCCACAGCCCAAAACAGCACAAGACAUGACCACCAUCAUUCAGGAAGAAACUACACUGGAGUCCUACUCAACAGUGAGCGGUGGACUUGUGGAAACCACCGAUGAUGUGGUGUAUCCUUGUGAUGAGAUGUUUAACUUUGAAACAAUCAGUGGUGUCUCCCAAAUUUUGAUCUUCAUCUUCAGUGUCACAGGCAACUGUCUUCUCCUUCUUGUUCUCGUCACGCAAGAGAACCUGAGAAAUGUUACUAAUCUAUUCGUCCUGAACCUGGCCUGCUCUGAUUUGAUCUUCACUGUCACGCUCCCAUUCUGGGCCGUCCAUCAGCUGCACCACUGGAUCUUUGGUGAGUUUACCUGUAAGCUGAUGACUGCGGCUUACAUUGUUGGUUUGUACAGCAGCAUCAUUCUACUGACUGCCAUGACUGUGGAUCGGUUCACAAUAGUGGUGCUGCACAACAUGCCGAGCUACUCAGUAAGGAGGCAGAGGUUUGCAAUUGUAGCCUGUGUAGCUGCCUGGGUCAUCAGCACGGCUGCGUCCUUGAGUGAUGCUAUCAAAAUGAAGGUGGAAGAGAGUGGCGGUGCUUUCCUUUGUGAGGAUCUCUCUGAUGAACAUGAUGUCAAGCUUGGCUAUUAUCUCCAGGUGUCACUGCUCUUCUUCCUCCCAUUGGCCAUCAUUGUUUUCUGCUAUUCUGCCAUCCUCAAGACAGUUUUGCAGGCCUCAAACAGAAAAACGUCCAGGACUGUAGUGCUGGUGUUAUGUAUUGUCGCCGCCUUCUUCAUCUGCUGGGGACCUCACAGUAUUUUGCUUUUCAUCGGAACUCUGUACGAACCCAAAGACUGCAAUGCACAGGAACGCUUGGAGAUUGCCUAUUCUAUUUGCCACAUGCUUGCUUAUUCUCACUGCUGUAUGAACCCUCUGCUGUAUAUGCACUCACAAAAGACGCGAAGACAUCUUUUGGAUUUGUUAUGCUGUGAGAAAGCCAAGAAUAAGAAAAGGGAAAGAGCAACUGGCCAGAGCACUCAGAUCGUAGCUUUUGUGGCAAAAAAACCUCUGCUGUUACGUUUGAACUACACAGCAAAUAGAUGAAUGAAACCUGAAAGUGCUUUCACAUCAUAUAGUUUGUAUUUAUUUAACCCCACCUAUGUUUGCACAUUUCCUUACAAAUAUGAGAGGGUCUUUUUGUAUGUAAAUAUAUUUUAUAAAUGUACCAAGUAAAUUAUUAUAUUUGUUAAAAGAGAAAUCUUGUUAGUAAAGGAUGUCAGUGUGUAUGAUGGUGUGUAAAUAUGCUUUUACUGUAACAUGCUUGAAUAAAAUGAAGCUGGAAUCUAUAUGUCUUUUUUCACUUCUGUUUUCCACCUAUUGCAUUGAAAUGUCAUGAGAGGCU